AGAGGAGAGAGAGAGAGAAAAAAAAAAACAAAAAAAAAAAGAGGCUUAAAUCAACUCAGAGAAGGGAGGGAGGGAAAGAGGAGGGGGGAGAAAACGCCCUGGAAGCCUAACUGGUCGAGAAAUAGGAAAACAGAGACAGACUUCUGACAGACUGCAAACUUGUGACAGUGUGAAAAGUGCUCUGUUUAUGCUUGGGUGAAGGGGAGAAGACACGUUUUUCAAGGAUGCUCAGGCGGGUGUGAGGCUUCUUUGGCGCAGCGAUUGCGCACAGAAGUCAAACAAGAAGAACACAAGAAGCAGUCUGAAGCCCUUGGAUUAGCUUGAGCAAUCCAAGGAAAACAACAACAGCAUUUUCCUCCCACCAGGACUGGAUUAGAGGAAAACAAAAUCAAGAUGGCUGACGAAGAGGACACCAGAGAAGUGCUCUUUCAAGACUGGGAGGGCCCAGACAAAACUGGCUUGACCAUCGAACACACAAGUGGAGGGGAGCUCCGCGUAAAGGAGGUGAAAGGAGAGUCACCUGCAGCACGAUCUGGAAAAGUAUAUGAAGGUGAUCAGAUUGUGGGUGCAACUAUCUACUUUGAAAAUAUGAGCUCCGAAGAGACAGCAGAGUUACUGAAAACAUUGAACAAACACAAAGUUGGACUGAAACUACAAAACAAAGGAGACAAAUCCCCUUGCUACUCACCCUUGAGCACACCUUGUCGUUCUCCAAUGGGCACUCUCACAUGGGAAGGGAAGUCGCAGUUUGGAGCAUCAAGUCCAGAAAUCAUUCUCAGUGGAGAUGAUGAGGACUACAAGAGAAUAUACACAAAGAAGAUUAAACCAAGGCUGAAGUCUGAAGAUCUUGCAGAAGGAGUCGAUGUUCGUACAGAGCGACACAGCAGCACUAGCAGUGAUGGCAGUACUAUUACAACCAUCACUCGCCGCAUCACUACUUACACAGUGGAUAUGCCAAGUGGGAUAGGUGAGAAACAAGAACUUUCAAGCCCAGACUUCAAGGGACAAUGGCAUGAAUCUGGAGAUGGCUCUCCUCGUGUCAGAAUAUUGCACGGCAGUCCUACAGUUAAAGGGGUGGGAGAMGAGGGUGUUUUUGACUCAUGCAAUGUAACCUAUACUGGUCUAAAAGGUAGCUCAACAGAAACACAUACAAGUGGAGAUCAGUCAAAGAUAAUUAUAAGAGAGGGAACAGAAGGAAGUAAGGAUCUCAGAUUUAAAGGACCUAUGUUUGGAGUUAUAGGUCACGAGGGCACUAAAAUCUUAAGAGAAAGUGAAGAACAGAAAGCUGGAAGAAUAGAUGAGUCUGAAAAACAGACUACAUCCGGUGAAAGUAAAAGCACUUUUAUAAAGGUUGUCACAGUAGGAGGGUCAGCAGAUGCAGAAUUAACCACAAAUGAUGAAAACAAAAGAUCAGCUAGUCUGUCUCUGCCACAAGAAGACAUUAAGAUCCAGAGAGAAUCUGGAGACACAUCCCUCCACCUAAACAAGGGAUCAAGUUAUUUUGAUAUUAAAACAGUUGGAAAAUCUGCUGAUCCUGGAAUGGUAUCACUUGUUACAGAGACUAAUGUGAACACUGGUUAUUCUUCACAUCCAGAUGGAAGUUCAUUGAUAAGUAGGCUAACUAGUCUUCCAAGUGCAAAACCAAAAAGUGGGGAAAAACAUGAGGGAGUUCCAGCAGCAACAAAAGUAGGGUUUAGAUGUCUUGAUGUAAACACUGAAAGAAAAGAAGGUGAUUUAAAAUUACCACAUAUAAACACAUCGUCAUUAAAGACCACUAGCUCAGAAGAGGCCAUUAAAUAUCAAAAAAUGGAUUCAGACRUUGAUAAAUCUCAGGUAACUGAUAAUGAUGGCUUUCAUUUCAAAACACGAACAAUAACAGAGAUAGACACAAGAAGUAAAGGCAAGGCCGACAUGUCAGAUUCAAAGGUAGGAGUAGAUGUAAGAAUGCCCGAGAUUAAUCUGAACUUGAAAGGUUCAACAAUAAAAGGUAAUGUGGAUGUAGAAAGUGUAAGGACAGCAGUAGCUGAAAGAAAAGAUUUUGAGUCAAAGGACGGAUUUCCAAUAACCCAAACUGAAAUGCCAUCAGAUAAGAGCAAAGACAGAAAAGUUGAUGUGAGAGGGAAAAGUCGUAAUACUGAUAAUGACAUGGAAAUUACACAGCCAAAGACAAAAACAGAUGUAAAAUAUACAGAAGUGGAAGCACCAGACCUAACAAUACCCAGCAAAUCUGGACCAAAAAUKUCCAUGCCAGAUGUAGAUAUCAACUUGAAAGGCCCAAAACUGAAAGGUGACAUGGAUGUUUCAGGUCCCAAGAUCAAAGGAGAUAUCAAAUCACCUGAAAUUGACAUCAAAGGUUCAGAAGUUCAUGUUGAAGGACCAAAGGGAGGAUUUGAAAUGCCUAAAAUAAAAAUGCCUUCACUAAAUUUGAAAGGUCCAAAAGUUGAUAUGCCAGACUUUGAUCUUAAUCUAAAAGGCCCUAAAGUUGAAGGAGAUCUGGAUGCUAAAAUACCAAAGAUUAAAGGAGAUCUCAAAGGUCCAGAAAUGGACAUGGAAUGCCCAGACAUUGACAUUGAGGGUCACAAAGGUGGUCUGAAGAUGCCUAAAUUCAAGAUGCCCUCAUUUGGUUUUAAAGGACCUAAAGUGGAAGGUCCAGAUGUUGAUAUCAACCUCCCCAAGACAGAUAUUAAUGUGAAAGCACCAGAUGUUGACAUCGAAGGAGCAGACCUUGAUAUUGAGGGACCAAAUGCCAAACUGAAAGGUCCCAAAUUCAACAUGCCAAGCAUAUCUGGACCAAAGAUAUCCAUGCCAGAUGUGGAUUUCAACUUGAAAGGCCCCAAAMUCAAAGGUGACAUGGAUGUUUCAGGUCCAAAGAUCAAAGGAGAUAUCAAAUCACCUGAAAUAGACAUCAAAGGUCCAGAAGUUGAUAUUGAAGGACCAAAGGGAGGAUUUGAAAUGCCUAAAAUDAAAAUGCCUUCACUAAAUUUGAAAGGUCCAAAAGUUGAUAUGCCAGACUUUGAUCUUAAUCUAAAAGGGCCCAAGAUUGAAGGGGAUGUCGAUGUUAAUCUGCCAAAGAUAAAAGGAGAUCUCAAAGGUCCAGAGGUGGACUUUGAAGGCCCAGACAUUGACAUUGGAGCAGACCUUGACAUUAAGGGACCAAAUGCCAAACUGAAAGGUCCCAAAUUCAACAUGCCAAGCAUAUCUGGACCAAAAAUAUCCAUGCCAGAUGUGGAUUUCAACUUGAAAGGCCCCAAAMUCAAAGGUGACAUGGAUGUUUCAGGUCCAAAGAUCAAAGGAGAUAUGAAAUCACCUGAAAUAGACAUUAAAGGUCCAGAAGUUGAUAUUGAAGGACCAAAGGGAGGAUUUGACAUGCCUAAGAUAAAAAUGCCUUCAUUAAAUUUUAAAGGUCCGAAAGUUGAUGUGCCAGACUUUGAUCUUAAUCUAAAAGGCCCUAAAGUUGAAGGAGAUCUGGACGUUAAGAUGCCAAAGAUUAAAGGAGAUCUCAAAGGUCCAGAAGUGGAUAUUGAAGGCCCAGAUUUUGACAUUGAGGGUCACCAAGGUGGGUUGAAAUUGCCUAAAUUCAAGUUGCCCUCAUUUGGUUUGAAAGGCCCAAAAGUGGAAGGUCCAGAUGUUGACAUUAAUCUCUCAAAUGCUGAUAUUAAUGUAAAAGCACCAGGUGUUGAUGUCGAAGGAGCAGAUCUUGACAUUAAGGGACCAAAUGCCAAACUGAAAGGUCCCAAAUUCAACAUGCCAAGCAUAUCAGGACCAAAAAUAUCCAUGCCAGAUAUGGAUUUCAAUUUGACAGGCCCAAAACUCAAAGGUGACAUGGAUAUUUCAAGUCCAAAUUUAAAAGGAGAUAUCAAAUCACCUGAAAUUGACAUCAAAGGUGCAAAAGUUAAAACCGAUGUUCCAAGUCUUGAUUUUGAUCUAAAGCAUAGCAGUGAACCACCAAAGUUCCCAACAAUACCUGGGUCCAAAGCAGCACUAUCAAAUGUUGACAUAAAUCUGAAGGGAUCGAAAUUAAAGGGGGGAUUUAAAGGAGAGGGUCAAUUUCCAAAAGCUGAACUGAAAGACACUGAUGUCUUGGAAGUAUCUCCGAAAAAAUCUAAGUUUAAAAUGCCAAAGGUUGGAUUCAAGAAUCCAAAGAUAAAAACGUCAGAACCUGAUAUUAAACUGGAGCAUGAAGAUGUGAACAUUAAAGGAAAGACUGGGAGCCGCGAGGGACUUGAUUUUGAUAUUGGUUUGUCUGGUUCAAAAUCUAAAAGUCCCAAAUUUAAGAUCCCAAAAUUUGGCCUCAAGGGUCCAAAAGUUGACAUGCCAGAAGCUGAUCUUUCAAAAUCUGGAAUUGACAUAAAAACAUCAGAUGUCACAACAGCAGGAGCAGGAUUUGAUGUUGAUAUUCACAGUGGAAAACUUAAAGGAUCAAAAGAUGUGGAUUUCAAUCUGACAGGUCCAAAACUUAAAGGGGAUUUGAAUGUGUCAGUUCCAGAUGUGGAUCUCAACCUGAAAGAAGCUGAUAUAAAAGGUCCAAAGUUUGAAGUUGAGGGACCGAAGGGUGGAUUAGAAAUGUCCAAGAUCAAGAUACCACCUUUUGGCAUCAAACUUCCUCAGCUGGAAAAGUCAAAUGAUAGUAUAAACAUUCCAAAUGUCAAGGCUGAUACAGUAACCCCCAAAGUUGACAUUGGUGGAGUUGAUGUUAAAGGUCCUGAGGCAAGUCCAAAUGUUAAACUUCCAUCAGUAUCAGGACCCACCUUGCCAGACUUAAACAUUAAUCUUACAGGGCCAAAAACAAAAGGAAAUGUUAAUGUUACUCUCCCUAAAACUGAUAUUGAUAUCAAAGUACCAAAGACAGAAAUCAAAGGAGCAGGAAAAAUAACACCACCUGAAGUUGAUAUCAAAGGUCCACAUGUUGAUCUUGAGGGUGGCAAAGAUGGGUUUGAAAUCCCUAAAAUUAAAAUGCCAUCACUAGACUUUAAAGGCCCCAAAACAGGGAGUCAAGGUGUUGACAUCAACCUUUCCAAAGCCAAAAUAGAUGUUGAUUCCUCUAAAGUAGACUUUAAAGCACCCAAAGUGAAACUGCCAACUGUAUCAGGCCCCGAAUGGGAUAUUAGUCUGAAAGGUUCAAAUGUUGAAGGAAAAGAAAUUAAUAUUAACCUUCCUAAAACAGACAUUGACAUUAAAGGACCAAAWUUAUCCAUGUCAGAUGUGGAUAUGAAUCUUAAAGCUCAUGAUGUUGACAUCAAGGAUCCCGAGGUUCAUACUGGAGGGCCCAAGAUGUAA